UUCUACGUUCUGAACACGUUGGCAGAGUCAGGAAGUUUAGUAACAAUACAUACAUUUUGGGGUACUUUUCACACUACGGGCGUUAAUUUUGAUCUUAAAAACAAAAAUGCCCUCUCUAAAUGGAAAACCGGACGUCAUGUUUGAGGAAGAUGACCUGCCUUAUGAGGAGGAGAUCAUCAGGAAUCCGUACUCGGUCAAGUGCUGGAUGCGCUACAUCGAGUUCAAACAGAAUGGCGUCAAGUCAGUCCUCAACAUGAUCUAUGAACGAGCUCUGAAAGAGCUACCUGGCAGUUACAAGUUAUGGUACAACUACCUGAGAGAGAGACGGAAACAGGUCAAAGGGAAGUGCAUCACGGAGCCAGCCUACGAGGAGAUCAACAACUGCCAUGAAAGAGCACUGGUUUUCAUGCACAAGAUGCCGAGGAUCUGGCUGGACUACUGCCAGUUCCUGGUGGCUCAGUGUAAGAUCACCAGGAGCAGACGCACGUUUGACCGAGCACUCCGAGCCCUGCCCGUCACUCAGCACCCUCGCAUCUGGCCCCUGUACCUCCGCUUUGCCCGGAACCUACCCCUGCCUGAGACUGCCAUCCGUGUCUACCGCAGGUACCUCAAGCUGUCCCCAGAGAAUGCAGAGGAGUACAUAGAUUACCUGCGUUCCUGCAGCAAGCUGGAUGAAGCAGCAGUGCGACUGGCAGCCGUUGUCAACGAUGAGAGCUUUGUGUCCAAGGAGGGCAAGUCUAACUACCAGCUAUGGCACGAGCUGUGUGACCUGAUCUCUCAGAACCCAGACAAGGUGAACUCUCUGAAUGUUGGGGCAAUCAUCCGUGGAGGCCUCACUCGUUUCACAGACCAGCUGGGCAAACUCUGGUGCUCCCUGGCUGACUACUACAUCCGCAGUGGACAUUUUGAAAAGGCUCGUGAUGUGUAUGAGGAGGCCAUUUUGACGGUGGUGACGGUGAGAGAUUUCACCCAGGUGUUCGACAGCUACGCCCAGUUUGAGGAGAGCAUGAUCGCUGCCAAGAUGGAGACUACCUCCGAGAUGGGGAAAGAUGAAGAAGAGGACAUAGACCUGGAGCUGCGUCUGGCCCGCUUUGAGCAGCUGAUCGCUCGCAGGCCCCUCCUGCUGAACAGUGUGCUGCUCAGACAGAACCCCCACAACGUCCACGAGUGGCAUAAGAGGGUCAAACUGUACGAGGGGAAACCACGACAGAUCAUCAACACCUACACAGAGGCAGUUCAGACUGUGGACCCUGUGAAGGCUACAGGGAAACCCAGCUCUCUCUGGGUCUCUUUCGCCAAGUUCUACGAGGAGAACGAGCAGCUGGACGACGCGCGGACCAUCUUUGAGAAAGCCACCAAGGUGAACUACAAGCAGGUUGACGACCUGGCUGGCGUGUGGUGUGAAUACGGGGAGAUGGAGCUACGCCAUGAGAACUACGAACAGGCGCUACGUAUACUGAGGAAAGCAACUGCCAUCCCGUCCAAGAAGGCGGAGUACUUUGACGUGUCAGAGCCGGUGCAGAACAGAGUGUACAAGUCUCUGAAGGUCUGGUCCAUGCUGGCUGACCUGGAGGAGAGUAUGGGAACCUUCCAGUCCACCAAGGCGGUGUAUGACCGCAUCAUUGACCUGCGCAUAGCCACGCCCCAGAUAAUCAUCAACUAUGCCAUGUUCCUGGAGGAGCACAACUACUUUGAGGAGAGCUUCAAGGCAUACGAGCGCGGCAUCGCCCUCUUCAGGUGGCCCAACGUCUAUGACAUCUGGAACACCUACCUCACCAAGUUCAUCGACCGCUAUGGGGGCAAGAAGCUGGAGAGGGCCCGGGACCUGUUUGAGCAAGCGCUGGAUGGCUGUCCAGCCAAGUUCGCCAAGACCAUCUACCUGCUGUACGCCAAACUGGAGGAGGAGUUUGGGUUGGCGCGUCACGCCAUGGCGGUGUACGAAAGAGCCACGCAGGCGGUGGACAACACAGAGAGGCAUCACAUGUUCAACAUCUACAUCAAGAGGGCUGCAGAGAUCUACGGCGUCACCUACACCAGAGCUAUCUACCAGAAAGCCAUCGAGGUGCUUCCAGACGAACACUCCAGGGACAUGUGUCUGCGCUUCGCUGACAUGGAGAGCAAACUGGGCGAGAUCGACCGGGGACGAGCCAUAUACUCCUACUGCUCUCAGAUCUGUGACCCAAGGAUGACGGCCACGUUCUGGCAAACAUGGAAGGAGUUUGAGAUCCGCCAUGGGAACGAAGACACUAUCCGGGAAAUGCUGAGGAUCAAGCGUAGCGUCCAGGCCACGUACAACACACAGGUCAACUUCAUGUCCUCACAGAUGAUGAAGGCCACCACCAACGCCACCGGCACCAUCUCAGAUCUUGCCCCGGGCCAGAUGGGGCUGGAUGAUAUGAAGCUGUUGGAGCAGCAGGCCCAACUGCUGUCCGCCGAGGCUGAACAGGACAAACCCAAACUCAAAGAGAAGAUCCUCUUCGUCAGGAGUGACACGUCACGCAGUGAGCUGGCUGAACUGGCCAAACAAGCCAACCCUGAUGAGAUUGAUAUUGAUGAUGAGGAUGGUGAUGAAGACCAGGGCCCUGGGGAGGUGCAGCUGGAACAGAAGAGCGUCCCCACCGCUGUCUUUGGAGGGCUGAAAGAAGGAGAAGAUUGAAUACAGAUAUGACAUCACUGACGAGCUCCCUGGUCCACGAAUGGAGCCUUUUCAACCCCUGUAAAAUGUAUGAUGAGAAUAGAUUGUAUGGAAUGUGAACUUUGUCAUUGAUCUUUUCUUUGUUGUUGACUGUAAGGGUUCUUGCUCUACAUUCAUAGAUUGCCAAGUCUGCACCAGAUCUGUGAAUAAAAAUCAGAUUUAUGAAUAGAAUUUAAAUGUUCCUUAUUAAAAACAAUUGAAAUGCUCCUUCCUAAAAACAAUAUAAAUGCUCAUUUUCCUUCUAAACACGAGGACCAAGGCACACUUCAAAGAUAACAUGUUUAAAUUAGGAUGGCAUAUUCAAUAGAACAAAAUUGUUAAAACCUCUGACAUGUUUUGGCAUGACUUUUGUCAGAUAGUUUUUAUGAUUUUGUUCUAUUGAACAUGCUACAGUAUCAUAAUAAAGAGUGCCUUGGUCCUCAAAUUAACCCUUUAACCAAAGAGCGCCUUCAACCUACAAAGAUCUACUAGUAGUGUAUCCUAGUAGCACUUUUUAUCAUUCUUUCUACAAAUGCUCCUUGAUGUAGUGAUGCAUUAAAGCAAAACUAGCAUUGGUAGCACUGUGGCACUUUUCCUACAGUUGAAAUCACUGUUUGCUACAGUAUUGUAUGUCUUGGCAUUGCAAUUAUUUCAACCUGCAUGACAUUGAGCCUGUUCACAAUGGUUCUAUGAAUUUGAUGUGUAAACUGCUGACAUAACUCUUACUGUAAGUCCAACACUAUGACUGACCGGGUCUGUGCAGCAGUGCUUUGCUUCAGAAAGACAAAGGGGAGUUUCCUGCCCUAGAAAAACAGAGGGAGUAGUUAUGCUGGGUGAAUAGGGAAUAUUUAAUUGAUACUGGAGCUGGGAGUUGUAAGUAACAAGAGAUGCAUUUUACAGCCUUGUCAUGCUCCCAGGCUUAUUGUUUUUGAUUUUAAAAACUAGCACUCACACUAGCUGGAAUUCAACAAUUCUUAGGAAUCAGGAACGUGGCAUCCUAUAUUGGAUCUGAGCAGUAUGUUGUGUAUUAUAGCCUAAAGUUAUAUAAUUUACACUUCCACUUUAACUAACCCUUAAACCAGUUUUUUUUACUGAUUUGUUUGUAUUGUUAUGAAGGGAAAUUAAUAACCCUAGAACAGGAAAAUAAAUAGGCAUAGCAUUCUCU